AUGAAUCAAGGGGUGAAUUUAGAUUUGAGUUUAGCUCAAUAUGAUCCAUGGGUUAUAAAAAAGAAGUUAACCGCGACUGAUACUUCGAAUUAUGGUAAACUUUCUCUAUCACAAAGAGGAAUGGGUUCUAUAACUCCGCAGAUGAGGCAGUCUAUGCGCGAGGAGAUGGAAACGAUACAGGGUGUUAAAGUGAAGGUCCAUGUUAUAGAAGAAGGUAAUCAAGCUGAAGACUACACAUGGAGAUUAGUUAGAGAAGGUGACGGCAAAUACUAUAUGAAGGGAGGAUGGAUCGUUUUUGCUAGAAACAAUGGUUACCAAGAAGGCGAUAUAAUUGGACUCAUGUGGGAUCAAAGCUAUGAAAGAUUCUUACUCCACAAGAUAGUCCAAUUCCAAAAGUAG